GCUGAAAGCCGCCCCGCUGCAGCAGUCUCGAUACUUUCAGGUACAGAGGGUAGGCUGGUACCUUAGCGAUAAACAGAGCUCCCGCGCUGCUUGCUACGACCUUGUACAGUACUCGAAUCCAAAGCCAAGACAUUCACAACCCGGGACAUUGAUAUCUUCGCAACGCCCAAUUGCCGACCAUGGGUCAUCUCGUGACGGUUGCGACAUGUAGCUUGAACCAAUGGGUUCUCGAUUGGGAAGGGAACCUUGCCCGUAUCAUCGAGAGCAUCCACCAGGCAAAGGCGGCCGGUGCACGACUCCGCGUUGGGCCUGAACUCGAAAUCUGCGGGUACUCGAGCCUGGAUCACUUUCACGAGCUCGAUGUUUACACGCACAGCCUGGAGAUGCUCCGCCAGCUUCUGCUGGACAAGAGCACUCAUGGCAUCCUCCUCGACAUCGGCAUGCCCAUCCUUCACCGGAACCUCAGGUACAACUGCCGCGUCAUCUGCCUCGACGGCAAGAUCCUCCUGAUCAGGCCCAAGAUGUGGCUCGCCAACGACGGUAACUACCGCGAGAUGAGGCAUUUCACCCCCUGGAUGCGCCCGCGGGAGACGGAGUUCUUCCACCUGCCCAAGAUGCUGGCCGAGCUGCAGGGAGAGACUCACGUCCUCUUUGGCGAUGCUGUCAUCUCCACCCCCGAGACCGCCUUUGGCGCCGAGACGUGCGAGGAGCUCUUCACGCCCAAAGCUCCACAUAUCGACAUGGCGCUAGACGGUGUUGAGAUCAUCACCAACUCGAGCGGCAGCCACUUCACCCUGCGGAAACUCGACACCCGCCUGCAAUUGAUCACCGAGGCUACCCGUAAGUCUGGUGGCGUCUACCUGUACGCGAACCAGCAAGGCUGCGACGGCGAGCGCCUGUACUUUGACGGUUGUGCCAUGAUCAUUGUGAACGGCGAUGUUGUCGCCCAGGGGUCUCAGUUCAGCCUCAAUGACGUCGAGGUCGUGACCGCCACGGUCGAUCUCGAGGAAGUGCGGUCCUACCGCGCUGCCAUCUCUCGUGCCAUGCAAGCGGCCGCGUCCACGGCCAAGUAUCAGAGGAUCCAGACCCCGUUCGAGCUCAGCUCCGAAGCCGACGACUCCGAUGUCAGCAAGGCGCCAACUCUGCCCAUCCAGCCACGGUUCCACUCGGUUGAGGAGGAGAUUGCCCUCUGCGGCGGCUGCUAUCUUUGGGAUUACCUCCGCCGGUCCGGCGCCGCAGGUUAUCUGGUGCCCCUGAGCGGGGGGAUCGACUCGUGUGCGACUGCAGUGGUCGUCUACUCCAUGUGCCGCAUCGUGAUGCAAGCCGUCGAGCAAGGAAACCAACAGGUCAUCGACGACGUCAAGCGCAUCGCCAGAUACGGCGGCGAGGGCGUCCUGCCCAAGACGGCCCAGGAACUCUGCAACCAGGUCUUCACCACCAUCUACAUGGGCAUGAGGAAGCAGAGCUCGCGCGAGACCCGCCAGCGCGCCAAGGACCUCUCCGAGGCCAUCGGCAGCUACCACGUCAACCUCGACAUCGAUGACGAGUUCGGUCAGAUUCUGCCCACGGCGAGGGGGAGGCCCGGAGGUGGAAGUCUGCUGAUUCUUGGCAGUGCGAAUGUCGGCGAGGUGAGCCUCAGGGGCUACUUGACCAAGUACGACUGCUCGAGCGCUGAUAUCAACCCCAUCGGCUCUAUAGACAAGGCCGAUCUGAAGCGCUUCAUCGCAUGGGCCGAGAAGAGCUUUGAUCUGCCAUGCCUCCAUGACUUCCUGACGGCUGUCCCCACCGCCGAGCUCGAGCCCAUCACGCAAGACUACGUGCAGAGCGACGAAGCAGACAUGGGCAUGACAUACCAGGAACUGACCAUCUUUGGUCGACUGCGCAAGCUCAACAAGCUCGGUCCUUUUGGCAUGUUCCAGCGCCUUGUGCACGACUGGAGCAUCGACCGCGAGCGCAAGCCGGACGACGACGCACCGUACUAUACGCCGGCACAGGUCGCCGAGAAGGUCAAGAAGUUCUUCCACUAUUAUGCCAUCAACAGGCAUAAGAUGACCACACUGACGCCCGCCCUGCAUUGCAACGACUACUCGCCCGACGACAACCGCUUUGAUCUGCGCCCCUUCCUGUAUCCGCCCUUCUGGAAGAGCUGGAGCUUCAAGCGGAUCGACAUGGAGCUUGAAAAGAUUGAGAAGAAGCGGGCCAGCAAGAAACAGUGA